AUGCUGGAGAACAUUAAUCCAGUCCUGCACCCAAUAGGGCCGCGGUUCAUAUCUCGAGUUAGGGAUCCUGUCACUUCUUUCUACGCAUCUAAUCAACAUGAUAGCUCUUCUACUGACCAUCGGAGACCCCCACGAGAGCCCAUUGAAAGAUGUGAAAUAUUUGAGCACAUCCGCGACAUCCGUGACCCUGAACAUCCACACACUCUUGAAGCGUUGGGAGUGGUCACAUCGGGUGGCGAAGAUGAUGAUUGUAUUUCCGUUGACGACGCGGGGGGCCGAGUUUCUGUCUACUUCAGGCCAACUAUACCUGGGUGCAGCAUGGCUGCCCUCAUUGGUUUGGCACUUAAAGUCAAACUCAUCAGAAGCCUACCUCGGAGGUUUAAGGUGGGUGUAACGAAAGUAGCAUUCCUUACAAAACAUUUCUGCGUUUUCCAACCGAUUAUUCUUGAGAAGUUAGGUCUCAUUGCCUUUAUGCAAACGCUUUAUCCUCAUCCCUCACUCCCACCUUACAUGAUCAGGUUUCAUUAUCAUUCCAUACCCAUUUUUUCUGACAUUCGGAAUAUCAAAGUCGCGAUUGCGCCCGGUGCUCAUGACAAGGAAGACGAAGUAAACAAGCAACUGGCGGACAAAGAGCGCGUCGCAGCUGCGCUAGAAAACCCAGCUCUUCUUCGAAUGAUUAACGAGUGCCUAGCAAACAGCUCAGGCACAUCCGAUGAAGCAGGAUCAGAUAAUUAG